AUGUCGCACGCCAUCACUGCUCAACAUCCAUCCUCACAUACAGGCUAUACUGUCGACGAAAAUGGACAUCACGUUCAACAUUUGCCUCCAUUAUCGGAAGCUUUGCAUCCUGAUGACGCAGCUGCAGGAGCAUCAGCUGAUCAUUUGAGCGGUCAAAAUGCUCAUUAUGGUGCUCAUGCUGCCAACGUGUAUGAUCCUCAUCAUACAGGCACGACAGCAGACGGUUCAGCCGCGCACGGUCAUUACGAUCAACAACAAUCAAACAACUUUUUCGAUCCGCAAAUCAUGGAACCCCCUCCGCCUGCAGAUGGAUCACAAAAUCAUCAUACCGGACUACAUGGCAAUGGUGCAUCUGCAAAUGGUAACAAUGGAUACGGAAGUAGUUCAGCAAUCAUGACACCACCGCCGCCAGCAUCUUCGCAUGGGUAUGCUUCUUCUCCUUACCAAUCAGGAGGUUCAGCACCUUUGUUCCAUCGUGCUUCAAUUUCAGGACCGGUCAUGCACAGUCAUUACCCUCCACCACCUGGAAACCAAUCUGCCACGCAUGGUGCAGAUGUUUGGUCUUCAACUUCUGCCACUGCAAGACCGCAUACAGCCGAUGGUAUGUUUGCUGCUUCUCAAAUGGGUGGAAUGCCAGGUCAAUGGGCAAGUGUGUCUGAAUACAAUCGCGGUCCACGUGGAUCUGUGAGCAGUAUGUCAGAUGCGGCACCUACGUCUGGCAGUAGCAAAGUGUUUUCCUAUAUGCCAAGCAAUGGAGACGAUUCUUCUUCUACGGCAGGCUCACAAGGACAUCAAUCUUCUGGAGGCCCACGUAAGCGUCCUCGUCGUAGAUAUGACGAGAUUGAACGCUUGUAUUCGUGUUCGUGGCCAGGCUGUCAAAAGAGUUAUGGUACUUUGAACCAUUUGAAUGCUCACGUUGCUAUGCAAAAGCAUGGACCAAAGCGCAGUCCAGCAGAAUUCAAGGAUAUGCGUAAAGCAUGGAGAAAGAGUAAACGAGAAGAUGAACAAAGAAGACAAGCAAAUGCAGCAGCAGCAAAUGAAGAAGCGCUCACUCGAUCCAAGAUGGCUUUCGCUCAACCGAAUCAACCCUUUAUGACCCAUACAAAUUAUCCAGUCAACAAUUUCAUGCCACCACCAACGUCUGCACAGAAUAAUGCAAAUGCUCUAGGCGGUGCAAGUGGAAAUGGACAAGUUCCACGUUAUCAUCCACAAUCUGGCAUGUAUUCUGGUUAUUCAGCAGUGCACAAUGGCUCCUAUCCUGGCGGAGCACAGGGUCAAGGUGCAGGAUCUGGCGGUUUAGGUGCUUAUUUGAUGGCUCAUCGUGGAAGCAUCUAA